GAGAGGAGCCCCAGAAUGAGCGGCAGGAUCGGAUUGGGGGAGACACCCUGGGCAGGAGGCUGUGGGAAGAGGAGGGGAGCGCUAAGACCCAGCGUGGUAAAGGGCCGCAGCGGCGAGCUGGAGGAGGAGGACGGCGAGGAGAACGGGAAGCCGACGCGGGGUGGGAGCCGUCUGGUACCUCGGGCAGCUGCGCAACAUCAUCAGCCCCAAGGACGGAGAUGGCCAGCCAGUCCCAGGGCAUCCAGCAGCUCCUGCAAGCGGAGAAGCGGGCAGCGGAGAAGGUGGCAGAUGCCAGGAAGAGGAAGGCCCGGAGGCUGAAGCAGGCAAAGGAGGAGGCGCAGAUGGAGGUGGAGCAGUACCGCCGAGAGCGGGAGCAGGAGUUCCAGAGCAAGCAGCAGGCCGCCAUGGGCUCCCAGGGAAACCUGUCGGCUGAAGUGGAGCAGGCUACCUGGCGCCAGGUACAGGGCAUGCGGAGCUCCCAGCAGAGGAAUCGGGAGCGCGUCCUGGCCCAGCUUCUUGGCAUGGUCUGCGAUGUAAGGCCCCGGCUGCACCCCAACUUCCGGAUCACUGCCUAGGACCCGGCACAGGGUCUGACUCCUCCUGCAAGCUUGCCCCCUCGAAGAAGUCUCCCAAACCUAAACGACUUCCCGUGCUUGGCAUGUACAAGGCCCUGGGCUCAGUUCUCAGUACUGAAAAACUCAUUUCCCACCAUAAUCGUUCCAUUCUGUGGAAAUACUGGGAAUCAGGACCCAAUAUUCCUCUGUGAUGUAUAAAUAUCCCGGUCACGCUUGGAUCUCUUUGUUCUUUAACCCUUCUGGAGUGGGCCGAGUUACCCUCACCUAACACUUGUGUAAAUUUGUAGCAUGGGGCCAUAGGGCUGUGGAAGGCACCUGACUUGGGAGUCUGGAAGAUUCGGGUUUCCCUCCCCAACCCUGCGCUUUCUGGCUGAGCAGCUAGGCCGCCCAACCGGGAGCCUCCGAGUUCUCCUUUGUGAAACUGGAAUAGCGUGAGGAUGGCACAGUGGUUAGGACUUGUUCUGUAAAGAGCCUGUCCUGGUUCCUGGGAGCAGCGGGGAUUCGGUCAAUGGGAAACUGAGACAUUGUUAUCACCCUCUGCCCACCUGCCAAAACCUAAACACUGGUGUUUCCCGAUUUUCCUCAGAGGCUCUCCAGUUUUGUUCACUCUGUGACUCCAGUAAUUCUCAGAAGAGUUUUCUUCCCACCUCCUUUCCCCCCGGAGACGUUAUGGCCCUGGAAAGACAAAACGAUGACCUCGCCUGGUCCCCCUGUUCCAGUUCCGGGCAGAUGCUGCGUCUCUUGGCUUCUCCUUUCUCUCUUAAGCGGGCCUUAUUGGGUUUCCUCCUUUUUCUGUUUCCCCCGACACCACCUGAUGGUCCCUGGUCUCUGCAUCUGAAGUGAUGCUGUGUGCCCCAUGUGCAUGGCCUUCCUUUCUGUAUUCUUAACACACUGUUCUUCCUUUGUAACAAUAAAAAGCUGUCAAUAAGAUACCUGAGCAAAUCCAUUGGUGAGUUCAAG